GGAGGAGGAUCCGGGAAUGCCCGCUCGUCCCUCCUCGGUGACGCCACAGGCAGGGCCCGCCCCCAGCUGCCCAGGAUUCCUGUUAUCUCUGCGCCUAGCGAGCGCCCCGGAAACUGCUGCCACAUCCUGGGGUCAUGAUGGGCAGUAAGAUGGCGUCUGCCAGCAGGGUCGUUCAGGUAGUCAAGCCACAUACUCCAUUAAUAAGGUUCCCUGACAGAAGAGACAAUCCUAAACCUAACGUAUCAGAAGUUUUGAGAUCAGCAGGACUACCGUCUCACUCUUCUUCAAUUUCACAGCAUUCUAAGGGAAGUAAAUCCCCAGAUUUGCUGGUGCAUCAGGGUCCACCAGACACUGCAGAAAUAAUAAAAACAUUACCUCAGAAAUACAGAAGGAAACUUGUAUCUCAAGAAGAAAUUGAAUUUAUCCAACGUGGAGGUCCAGAAUAAUCACUGACAGUGUGGCUGCUGUUUGUCAUCAGACAGAAGACUAGUCUUUACAAUAAAGGACUUCCAAAAUGGCACAUGAGAAAUUAUACAGUAAAUAACUUGAGUAAAUACUCUGCAAAAAAAAAAAAAAGAAAUCUAGAAAAUUUAGAUGGACAGUUGUAUCUCUUAAUAUAUGUAUCUUGGUCAGCUUCUCCACAAGCUUACCUAAUUGUUUAUAUGCUUAUUAAAGUAUACAUUUUUAAAUGUUAGCCUAUUAAUUUACUCUUGAUUAUCAAGUAUUACCAGUGUUGAGCUACUAAAAGCACACAAUAUCUAGUAAACUAUCACAGGUUUCCCAUGGUUUCCCUUUUGUUUCAGUUUCUUUUUAGACAUGGAAAGAUUUAUUAGAAUUACUGCUUUUGGGAAGUGAUUUUCCUGAAAUUGGAUGAGGGUCAGUGAAAGAAUGACUCCAUUAUUUGUUCUUAAUUUUCUUCCCCUUUUUUUCAUUCACAAAGUUACUGGAGUAUAACUAGUUUAAAAAGUGUAUCCUACACUAAAUGAUAAAAAUAUAGUCAAGGUAAAACAGGUGACUUUGUGGUAUUAAAACUGGGAGUUAAUACAAAAGAUUAUUUGUAACCUGUAUUCAGAAGAAAAUACCAGAAUUUAAAAUGGAAAAUAAGAGAUCAAAAUGAAUAUAACCUAGAAAUAGGUGUUUGAUUAGAAAUUGCAACUUAAUAUGUUAUUAGGGGUGUUGAGAAAGUCUUAUUCUUUAUUUUACUGUUUUAAUUGUCAUCAUCUGUGCAAAUUCUGGAAACCACUAACUUUCUCACACUUAAUGUCUGAAAGUGUCAUAAAAUCAACCUAAAUAUUUACCUUACUAAGGCAAUUUAUGAAACUUUAAUAGGGUCUUACAGUGCCAAGGGUAUGUAUUAUUGUGAAAGUAAAGCCUCACAAAGCUAAAUAAAUUUUCUUCCAUACCUUGAAUGAUUUCUA